AUGUGGCUCGUGGAGAAAGCUGGCUACCAGGUGGGGGCCGCGGAGCCCAGGCCCCGGUGGGCGCCCUCCGGCCUGUUUCCUAAGCGCCGCACCCCGUGCCCGCUGGCUCGCGCCUGCCCCAACGUCCUCACCCCCGAUCGCAUUCCGCAGUUCUUCAUCCCGCCUCGGCUCCCCGACCCAGGCGGCGCCGAGCCCCUCAGCGGGCGCCGCGUGGGCGGGCGCGGCCUCCCCGCGGCCUGUUGGCUGCCGCACCUGGCGGGCCGCGAAGGCUGGGCCUUCCUGCCCGAGAGUCCGCACACGCGCCGGCGCGAGUCCCUGUUCCACUCGCCGCCGCCCGCCCCCGCCGGGGGGCUGCCCCCCGCGCAGUCCAGGCUGCACGUCUCCUCCCCGGACCUGCGCCUCUGCCGGGCCCCCGACAGCGACGCGGCCUCGUCGCCCGACUCGUCGCCCUUUGGCUCGCCGCGGCCAGGCCCCGACCGGCCCCGGCCGCCCAGGCCGCGCUCGCUGUCCCCGGAGGAGGCGGGCUCGGCCGACACCAGCCCGUACGCGCCGCGCCGAGCGGGGCCGCCCAGGCCGCCGCUCUUCCACCUCGACUUCUUGUGCCGCCAGCUGCGGCCGACCAAGGAGAGCGUGCUGCGCCUCGAGCCCCUGGGCGGGCAGCUGCGGCUCUCCGCCGAGUACCAGGCCUGGCCCGGGCGGCUGCGGCUGCGCCUGGUGAGCGCCGAGGGGCUGCCCGGGUCGCCGGCCGGCCCCGGGAGCGGCGGCGGCGGCUGCUGCGUGGUGCUGAGGCUGCGGCCGCGCGCCCGGGCGUGGGGCCAGCGGAGCCGCGUGGUCAAAUGCAGCGCCAACCCCAUCUUCAAUGAGGACUUUUUCUUCGACGGGCUCGGCCCGCCAGACCUGGCCGCCCACAGUCUGAGGGCCAAGGUGCUGGACAGGGGAGCAGGCUUCCGCAGGGACGUGCUGCUGGGGGAGUGUGAGACGCCCCUGAUUGCCCUGCUGCCCCCCAUGCGUGAUGGGCCAGGUCCCGGAGCCUCCCUGGCGCCUGCCCAUCUCAGCCUGUAGCCUGAGAGACUGUCUCUUCCUCCGGAGGACUC